AUGUCUGAGGAUGGAGUAGAUGUCAAUCAGCUGGUCCCCAUUACCCGAGAGAUCCUUCGCCAAUACUAUGAGACGUACCCGGCCGACCCUCCCUCCGACAACUUGAAGGCUCUGCGCGCCGAAGUACAGACCGCCGCGCACAAGCUCGGCCUCAAGUUGCCUGAAAAGUGGAACCACGAAGGCGAGUCGGGGGCUGAAGUCCAGGCCGAUGAUGAGCUCAACCGCGAAGUGCUGGGCCAGAACUUGUUGACAGUGCCGCACAAGAUGGACGAAAACAUCUGGCGGUCGCGGCAGCAGCUCGAAGAGAUCCUUCACCUGCUCGAACCCGCCCAGCUCGAUGACGUCGAGACCGCUGCCAAGGGCGCGUCGGGAGUGUCCUUCGACGAAUGGAAGGCUGCCGUGGAUGGCAUCCGCACCAAGGCCAACGCUGCCUUUGAGCGCCUCCAGGAGUUCCAGAAGGGAGGAAUGAAGAAGGUGCAGCACAUCAUCUCGACCUUCCUCCCCAACGACUUCCGUAUGUCGAUCGUGAAGGCUCAGCAGGAGCGAAGCGAAGCCAAGCGGGAGGAGAUGGUCCAGGCCCUGAUCGCCUCCGGCGGUUCAAUCAAGGACAAAUACGACCUCUACUGGAAGCUGCAGCUCGAGAGACGUCAGACGCUGGUGCACAUCGGUAACGCUACGGGCGCCUACAAGGCAAUCAUCAAAUACGUGGGCGGUGUCCCCCAGGUGCUGCUCGACUUCAUCAAGACGGUCAACGACACUGCCGGCCCGAUGGAGGAGCUGCGAAUCCGCUUCGGUCCCAAGUCCUACUUCCUCACCGAGUUCAUCAACGCUUCGUUCCUCUAUAUGGCCGCCCUCUUCCACGUCGUCGCCUCCGACGACGCCGAGCUCGCCGCGCGCAAGAGCGAGCUGUUGGACGGCAAGCUCGUCCAGGAGAUGCAGUUUGUGGAGAAGCUCGUCGCCGCUUACGAUCAGGAGGCCAGCGCCUACCUUGAGCAGCAGAUCAAGAUCCUCGAGAACUCGCCCUUCUUCGUGACCAAGGAGCAGGUCGGCGGGCUCAGCGGACCCGGCGAGGAGAAGGAGGUGCUGGUGGCCAAGGUGCACGAAGAGAAGAUCGCGGUCGAGGCCGGUGACGAGGUCGCGUGGGAGUUCCUCACCAAGAACAAGGACAUCGACUUCUUCGUCACCUUCACCAAGGACGGCACCAAGAACGAGCAGAUCGUCAAGGCCAAGGAGAGAUACGAAUCUCACGUCAACAAAGUCACCGGGAACCACGGUUGCGGGGUGGCGGGAACGUACAAGCUGGUGUGGGACAAUUCGUACUCGUGGCUGACCAAGAAGCAGCUGGUCUACAAGGUCUACAAGAAGAGCGAGUCCGCGGUGGACGAGAAGGACCUCGAAGAGAAGAUGCACGAGAUCGAGGAGGACGAGAAGAACAUCGAGCAGGAGGUCUCCGCCGCCACCAAGAGCAACUGA